GAAAACGAUAAACUUGGCCUGUCCAUGUGAAGCAUAGUAGCAGUCUGAAGUCGCGUUUGAAGGAAUACAACACAGAAAGCAUGGCCGAGAACGACGUUGAGACUGAGCUGUUGGACUACGAGGACGACGAAGAGCCGCAGACCGCCCCGGAGAGCGUGACCCCCGCGGGCAAAAAAGAAGUCAAGGGCUCCUACGUCUCCAUCCACAGCUCCGGCUUCCGCGACUUCCUGCUCAAACCAGAACUGCUCCGAGCCAUCGUCGACUGCGGGUUCGAACAUCCAUCAGAAGUCCAGCACGAAUGCAUUCCUCAGGCCAUUCUUGGUAUGGACAUCCUUUGUCAGGCCAAGUCAGGUAUGGGCAAAACAGCUGUGUUUGUACUCGCCACCCUGCAGCAGAUCGAACCCGUUGAUGGACAGGUGGCCGUGCUGGUGAUGUGCCACACGCGCGAGCUGGCCUUCCAGAUCAGCAAGGAGUACGAGCGCUUCUCCAAGUACAUGCCCACGGUCAAGUGCGCCGUCUUCUUCGGCGGCCUCUCCAUCAAAAAGGACGAGGAGGUGCUGCGCAAGAACUGCCCGCACAUCGUGGUGGGCACGCCGGGCCGCAUCCUGGCACUCGUCCGCAACAAGACGCUCAACCUGAAGACCGUCAAGCACUUCGUGUUGGACGAGUGCGACAAGAUGCUGGAGCAGCUGGACAUGCGGCGCGACGUGCAGGACAUCUUCCGGCUGACGCCCCACGAGAAGCAGUGCAUGAUGUUCAGCGCCACGCUCAGCAAGGAGAUCCGGCCCGUCUGCCGCAAGUUCAUGCAGGAUCCCAUGGAGGUGUUUGUGGACGAUGAGACCAAGCUGACUCUGCACGGCCUGCAGCAGUACUACAGCAAGCUCAAGGACAGCGAGAAGAACCGCAAGCUCUUUGACCUGCUCGACGUGCUGGAGUUCAACCAGGUGGUGAUCUUUGUGAAGUCGGUGCCGCGCUGUGUGGCUCUGUCCCAGCUGCUGGUCGAGCAGAACUUCCCCGCCAUCGCCAUCCACAGGGGCAUGGAACAGGAGGAGAGGUUGUCACGGUAUCAACAGUUCAAAGACUUCCAGAGGAGAAUCCUGGUGGCCACCAACCUCUUUGGCAGAGGGAUGGACAUCGAACGGGUCAACAUCGUCUUCAACUAUGACAUGCCUGAGGACUCGGACACCUACCUGCACAGGGUGGCGCGUGCGGGUCGUUUCGGCACAAAGGGCCUGGCAGUCACGUUUGUGUCGGACGAAACAGACGCAAAAAUUCUGAACGACGUGCAGGACCGGUUCGAGGUGAACGUGGCCGAGCUGCCAGAGGAAAUUGACAUCUCCACCUACAUCGAGCAGUCCAGAUGAGGUGUCCAACACCCCCCACCUCCUGGUGGUCCCUGCAGAUUUCCGUUGUCUCCACCAAUCUCUUUUUUUUUUUUUUUUUUU